AUGAGCUUGAAUUCAAGUAUGGAAUCGAAGGAGAAUUAUCGGAAGUAUGUACUGGUUCUUAGUUUAUCGCAAGGCAAAGUGGAAAAUAAAAGGCCCCAUAAACAAUAUAAGAGAUCCUUCCUUGGUUGCAUGAGAUGUAAAGAGAAGAAGAUAAAGUGCGAUGAACUCAAACCACGUUGUGAAAACUGUAAGAAAAGCAGAUUGACAUGCAUAUGGCCAAAUCGAAAAUCACCCAAAAAAAAAGGUAAUUUGGAAGUAAGCCCACGUAAAAGGGAUGCAACCUUGAGCCAAUUAAAAUCAACUUGGAGACCUGAUCUAAUCUCAAUAGAUUCACCUUUAUCAACUGACAUCAAGGUGGAAACUAAAGGGAAUUUUUUACAAUAUAUUUUUAAAGAUUCAUAUCCCUCAUAUAUUUCAAGAAUUGGUUUACCAGAUCAAGAAUCUGUCUUUUCAUCUUUCUUUCUUAACAAGUUUUUACCAUCUAUGGCGCGACAUUAUUUCCAAGAAACGUAUUACCUAUCAACGCUCUUCCUUGAAAAAGCGAAAGAAGUUUCCAUUCUUCAAGAGUUAAUUUAUGCUUGCGGAGCUUCUAUGUUAGCAUACGAGGAUCAUCUGUAUGUUAAUAUUGCUCGCAAAAGGUACAAAAAAGCAAUUUCAUUAUUUAUAGAAAAGAUUAAACAGGGAUUUAUUCGAGGGUCUGAAGAUUGGUUACUUGUUGCUGUUCAAACUUUGCAGGUGUUCAGCUUAAGAGACAGACACAUUGGACCUAAUACAACCCAGUGUGCAUCACACUUUAGUGCUACAUGUGCAAUCGUAAGGAGAAGAUUGAUAAACUCACUGCAAAAGAAUUAUCAGGAGCAAAGUAUAGGUACAUCUGGAGAAAUAUGUCUGGUUUUAGAAGGGAAAGAUUCGAAUGUAUCUGUGGCUUUGUCGCCGUUAAUUGAAUUUAUGACUGAAAAUUUUAUAUUUAAUUACUCUAUGACCAUUUUCUUUAGAAAGCAUGAUUCCCUUAAAAGGGAUAUUCCAAAUCCUUUUGAAGUUUUCAGUCUUUGCAAGUCCAAAAUCAUUUCAAGAAAGUCAGAAAAUGAGAUAAGAAGAUUUUCUCUUUACACUGCCUCUAGAUUUGCUUUCGAAAUAGCCGCCAAGUGUUCUUGGCUGUUGAGGUUGUGGCUACCUUUAUCUUGUGACCACAGAAUAAUACUUCAGGCUAUGUUAGAAGAUGCCAAAGAAAAUCUAGAUUCAUUGAAUAUUUUUGCCAUACAAGAUAUCCCUACGGAAUAUAAAAAAACCAUUUCUUUGGCUAAGAUAAUAUUAAUCCCGUCUAUAAUACUUUUGAAAAAGAUGUUACUAUUUGAACACCUCGAAGCGGUGGAUUUUCAAAAUGAUAUUGAUUAUUUAAUUUCGGAAAUUGACCAACCAUUCAAUGACGACUCAAUCCUCCCUGUAUGGUCUUUGAUGAUUGCGGCCCUAACUUCUGUGACGUCCAACAGACGACAGUUCUUUACUUCUAAAAUCAAGAUGCUUAGCAACAGGAUUAAUUCAAAUAUUAUGCUUCAAAUAAUGAAUUACUUGGAAGGUAUUUGGGAAAUAUACCAAGAGGAAAAUGAACUUUUUGAGCUACUAUUCGAUACAAAAGCAUUAGACUUGGUGUGUUCAUAG